UGGGAGUCUGUGUUAAUAAUUGAGUGAUCUUGCCUUUGUGUCAGAAUAAUAUUACUGAAGUCUUAUCACAGCAGAAGGAAGACAAAGAUCUGACUGAGGCCAAGGAAACAAGAGGAUUCAUGAAGCAUAUGUGCCAGAGGUUGAACAUUUAACAGACAUUCUUGUCAUGCGUUUGCUUAAAGGGUCUUUUAAUUCUCCACAAAUGUCACCAAAGAACAUAAUGGUGAUAAUGACACACCAGUGACAUCUAAAAACAGCAUAAAGUGCCUGCAUUUUAUCAACCCUGAUUGUUACUCUCGGCCAUUUUUUUUUUUUUUUUUUUUUUUUUUUCCCCUCUUAAAAGUCUAUUGUGGCUAAAGGUAAUGUCAUCUUCCUGUAGAUGCCGGCAAGGUUUUUCUGGAGAGAACUGUGAAGAAAUAAUUGACUUCUGCAAGCUGUUCAGUAUUAACUGCCUGAAUGAGGGAUUGUGUCUCAACCUAGUUGGAGGAUAUAAUUGUCUCUGUGCACCAGGAUGGAUGGGGGAGUUUUGUCAGUACUUGGAUAAUGCAUGCUUAGCCUAUCCAAACAGAUGCUUGAACGGAGCUACUUGCAUCAGUAUGAGUCAGCCAACUGCACCCCCGCACUAUAUGUGCACCUGUCUCCCUGGAUACACAGGACGCUACUGUGAGGCUGAAGUAAAUGAGUGCGAUUCCAGUCCCUGUCAGCACCAGGGAACAUGCACUGACUUUGUUGGAUACUACAACUGUGCCUGUCCUUCAGGAUACGCUGGGGCUGACUGUGAGAUUGACAUAAACGCCUGCGCAUUUCCCAAUGUCACCUGUCCUCCUGGGACGUUCUGUGAGGAUUUGCCAGGCGACCAGCUCCAUGUAUGUCACACUCAGUGCCCUCGCUAUCUACAGCCAUGUGCCAAUGGAGGACAUUGUGUUCUUAACAACAUCACCAGUUAUGGUUGUGUUUGUGCACCUGGAUGGACUGGGCUGACCUGCUUGGUCAACAUAAAUGAGUGUGUCCAGCACAGGUGUCAGAACGGAGCCACCUGCGUGGAUGAGGUUGGUGGGUACAGUUGCCUUUGUGGUCACGGAUACACUGGAGUCCACUGCGAACUUGACAUUGACUUCUGCUCUGGGCAUCAGUGUUCAGAACACGCCGUCUGUCUGGACCAACAGCACAACUACACCUGUCACUGCAUGCUGGGAUAUGAGGGAACAUUCUGUGAGCUUGAGACGGAUGAAUGCAAAAGUGCACCCUGCGCCAACAGUGCCACUUGCAUUGAUCUGGUGGCAGGAUACCAAUGCCUGUGUGCUCCAGGAUUUAAGGGUCAAACAUGCUCCGAGAAUAUGAAUGAGUGCCAGUCCAGACCCUGUCUUAAUGGGGGCACCUGCAUUGAUCUGGUCAAUUACUACAUUUGUAUCUGUCCACUCGGAUUCACAGGACAUGACUGCUCCAUGCCGGCCACAGGCUGCACUUCCCACCCGUGUGAUCCGAAGGGCACUUCCAUGUGCGAAGAGCAACUGGGCAGUUUCAAGUGCAUGUGUCACCAUGGCUAUACGGGCCUGUUUUGUGAAACUUCCAUCCGUCACUGCGUUGAGGGAUUGUGUCAUCACGGAUCAAAGUGUGUGGAUCUCCCUCUGGGCUUUGUGUGUGAAUGUUUGCCUGGGUUACAAGGACAAUUCUGUGAGGUAAACAUUGAUGACUGUCGGGAUAAGCCCUGUGGUGCACUCAGUAUCUGUAAAGAUGGUAUCAGUGCCUACGACUGUUUCUGUGCACCUGGGUUCGUUGGUAAUAACUGUGAGAUUGAAGUAAAUGAGUGUCUUAGUCAACCCUGUCAGAAUGGAGCUUCCUGCUCAGAUGAGCUUAACUCCUUCAGCUGUCUCUGCCCUGCCGGGACCACAGGCAGUUUAUGUGAAAUAAACAUAGAUGAAUGCCAGUCAUCACCAUGCAUGAACAAUGGCACGUGUUUGGACCUCUCAGAUGGCUUUAAAUGCAUUUGCUCUUCAGGUUUCUCUGGUCCUGAGUGCUCACUGGACAUCAAUGAGUGUGUCUCACAUCCCUGUAAGAAUGGAGGCACCUGCAUUGACCAACUGGGUAAUUACUACUGCCGAUGUGCUGCUCCAUUCAAAGGGAUUAACUGUGAGUUGCUUCCCUGUGAGGCCGUUAAUCCGUGUGAUAACGGGGCAGAGUGCGUGGAGGAGGCUGAUCCCGUCCUCUUCCCUCUGGGCUUCCGGUGCCGAUGUCGCCAGGGUUUCACGGGGGCCCGCUGUGAGAUCAACAUAGACGAGUGCAGCUCCAACCCCUGUCUGCAUGGCUUCUGUUACGACGCUGUGGACGGCUUUUACUGCUUGUGUAACCCUGGUUACGCUGGAAUGAGAUGUGAGCAGGACAUCAAUGACUGUGUUAGCAACAUGUGUGAAAACAACUCGACUUGUGUGGACCUCCAUCUGAGUUACAACUGCCUCUGUCUACCCGGCUGGGAGGGGGAGUUCUGUCAAUGGGAGACCGAUGAAUGUUCAUCAAACCCCUGUAAAAACAACGGCACCUGUACAGACCUCCUCAACGCUUACAGGUGUACGUGUCCUCAUGGCUGGACAGGCCUGGACUGUGGAGAGGAUGUGAAGGAAUGUUCUUCUUCUCCCUGCCUGAAUGGGGCACAUUGCAUGGAGUCUGACAUCCCAGGGGAGUUUUCCUGCACCUGCCCACCCUUCUUCACCGGCCCCCUCUGUGAACAGUACUAUGACCCCUGCGACCUGCGGCAUAACCCCUGCCUGCACAACUCUGCCUGCCGUGCCCAGUCAGAUGGAACCGCCCUCUGUGUUUGCUCAGUCGGGUUUGAGGGAACUCGCUGUGAAAUUGAUAGCGAUGAAUGUGUCUCAAGACCUUGCCAGAACCAAGGCCGUUGUGUGGAUGGGGUCAACAGUUACAGCUGUUUCUGUAAACCAGGUUUCUCGGGCCAACACUGUGAGGAAGACAUCAAUGAGUGUGCAUCCAACCCCUGCCAGAACAGAGGCGUCUGCCAGGACCUUGUGAACGGUUUCCAGUGCAACUGUGUCCCUGGAUAUUUCGGAAUGCUUUGCAACCUGGACAUAAACGAAUGUGACGCUUCCCCCUGCCUCCAUGACUCUGUGUGCAUCAACAAACCUGGAGGAUUCAUAUGUGUCUGCCGUGCUGGCUUCUCAGGUAAAUGGUGCGAGAUGAACGUUGAUGAGUGCAAAUCCAAUCCAUGCCGAAACAACGGGAGGUGCAUCGACGGUCUUAAUGGUUACCAGUGUGUGUGCUCCAGAGGUUUCAUGGGCUAUCACUGUGAGAGAAACAUUGAUGAGUGCUCAUCCAACCCCUGUGUUCAUGGGAGUUGCCAGGAUGAAAUAGAUGCAUACAACUGUCAAUGUGAGGUCGGCUGGACCGGUCACAGAUGCGAGAUCAACAUUAAUGAGUGUGAGGAUCAUCCAUGUCUUAAUGGAGGCUCCUGUGUGGAUCUUCUGGACAAAUAUGCUUGCAUAUGUGCAGAUGGUUUCACUGGGAAGAACUGUGAAGUUGACCAGAAUGUAUGUCUGCAGAUGUCUCUUAAUUUCUCCCUGUGUUUCAAUGGAGGGACAUGUGUGGAAGGACCAGGGGCCAACUUCACGUGCAGCUGCCUGCCAGGUUUUGUGGGAGAUUUCUGUGAGGUAGAGAUGAAUGAAUGCUGUUCUGAGCCGUGCUUUAAUGGGGCCAUCUGCCAAGACCUCAUCAAUGGCUACCAAUGUCACUGUCGACCAGGUUGGACAGGCCUUCACUGUGAAGAUGACAUUAAUGAGUGCUUGCUGCAACCAUGCAACCAGGGAAUGUGCAUCCAGAAUGAGCCUGGCCAUGGCUACACCUGCUUCUGUCGGCCCGGAUUUGUGGGGGAAAACUGUGAAUAUAAUUAUGAUGACUGCUUGAUCCAAUCAUGCCCUGAUGGAUUUUCAUGUAAGGAUGGCAUCAACAAUGUUAGCUGUGUCCCUGUGAAGACAGACACGUCCUUUGUUCCUCCCAUCUUGGUCGUCUCGUGGAGUACCAUCCACCCCAGCUUAGAGUUACAACCCACUAUAGUACCUGUGGAGAACUUGCAAAGCACUGAGCAGCCGAAAGAUAUUAGUUUUGGGAGAUAUUCUGGGAAAUCCUUUUUGGAGUUUGAGGGCAUUGAAGUUGGAGCUACGCUCAGUGUCACAGUGAGAUUCCAGACUGAAUGCAGGUACGGAACGCUGCUGUAUUCGACCAGUGCCAAAAAAGGUGCCUUCUUCAUCAAACUCUACAUUUCCAAUGGAACGCUUCAGUAUGACUUUUCUUGCAAUCAAAAUGAGGGAGUUCAGCGGCUCAAUACAGCACAGCAGGUUGCUGAUGGAGAUGAGCAUGUGGUGCUUUUGAGACAAUAUUUUCCUCAGUGUGCAGCUGAAGUCACUAUUUCUGGCUUUAAGACUGUCAGAAGUAUUCCAAGAAAUGACACAUCAGCCAUGAGUUUACAGAGAACUGACCAUCUCUUCGUAGGAGGUCUUCCUCUCCUGCAUUCACCCUAUAAAGAAGCUGAGCCUUUCCACAACUACACCGGCUGCAUUGAAAUAAUCGAAAUUAAUAAGCUCAGAAGAUUCCGUGUGGACCAUUCCAUUGCCAGGAACAAUGUUGACAACUGCAGGUCUCAAUGGCAUCAUGACCCACCAGCAAACUCCACAGAUUCCCCUCCUCAGCUCAUCACAUUGGAAACCCCUCCUGGUGGGCGUAUCAGAAUAUUCCCACCCACCCAGCCUUCACCUGUCUGCCCGCAGGGGCUCUGUCUCAACGGCGGAGUGUGUCGGCCCGUCUCUCUGCCCAGCGGAGCCUCGUCUUUUUUUUGUGAUUGUCCUCUGCACUUCAUGGGACGCUUGUGUGAACAAGAUACAACAGUCUUUUUCCCUCAAUUUGAUGGUACCUCUUUCUUGGAGUUGCCGUCGCUGACGUCCCUGUUUCAGUCAGACACUCACUUCACGAGUCAUUCCUCUGAGGACACCGUGUAUUUGACAAUGAAGAGCAAGACACCUCAUGGUACUAUUCUCUACACCCGGGAGCAAAAUUUCGGAGACCGUUUCCUCCAUGUGUUUCUCCAGAAUGAAAGACCAGUGGCCAGGUUGGGCUGCAGUGGCAUUCAUGUUUUGACCGCAGCUGCUCAUCAAAACAUCAGGAACGAUAGCUUGGUGCCAAUUACAGUGAGAUAUGCAUUGCCAUCUCGUGACAAUAGCCGGCUCUGUUUCAUUGAAAUAGCUGUCACUAAUGGAACUGCUAAUCGGCAGCAGAAAUACAUGGGUGAGCCUGUGUCAGAGGUGGUGUUCGGCCCCACGUUUCUCGGUGGCGUUCCAUCCGUCUCAGAGCUGCACCACAACAGUGGGAAUGUCUCUGGAUUCAUCGGCUGCAUACGGGAAUUGCAGAUGGGCUCCAAAGAGCUGCAUGUGGUGGGGGAAGCAAUCAGAGGCCAAAAUAUUCAGAACUGUGACACCACAGUCUGCCAGCAUCAACCCUGCCGCAAUGGAGGAACCUGUAUCAGCAAUGCGGAGAACUGGUUCUGUGCGUGUCCUUCGCUCUACUCCGGUAAGCUGUGCCAGUUCACCGCCUGCGAGCGAAACCCGUGUGCACGCGGCGCCACCUGCGUUCCCCAGACACAGCUCGAAGCGGCGUGUCUUUGCCCCUACGGAAGGCAGGGUCUCCUCUGCGAUGAGGCUGUCAACAUCACUCGGCCCAGGUUUAGUGGACUAGAUGAAUUUGGAUACUCAUCCUAUGUGGCUUAUCCCUCUAUUCCCAGUAUGGGUCAUUUUUAUGAAUUCCACCUGAAGCUCACCUUUGCCAAUAAUGUCUCCGCUUUGAGAAACAGCCUCAUUCUCUUUUCUGGGCAAAAGGGACAAGGCAUCAGUGGAGACGACUUCUUCGCAUUGGGGGUGCGGAACGGCAGGAUUGUUCAUAAGUAUAAUCUUGGCUCGGGUUUGGCAACAAUUAUCAGUGAGCGCCUGAAUCCCAGGAUCAACAUUCACACAGUACACUUUGGAAGAUAUCUGAAAAAUGGAUGGCUGAAGGUUGAUGGGCAGAAGAGGAGGACAGGUACAUCCACUGGUCCACUGGUGGGCCUGAACACCUUCAGUCAACUUUAUGUGGGUGGAUAUGAAGAAUACACACCUGAGCUGUUGCCUGCGGGCUCACGUUUCCAGAACAGCUUUCAAGAUCUGAAGAGACUCUUAACCUUGUGUGCAAUAUGUGUUGCAACCACCAAUCACAAAGCUUUAUUACAACAGACAUUUUAAAUGUCAACAAAAUAUGGCGUUUACAGCAUUUCAUCACAGCUGUGAAUCACGCUGAAGAGAGUAGGAUGGAGUGGAUCUUUUGUCUCAGGCUGCUUACAGUCAAUGGGCCUCAUCCAUGAAACGAGCAGAGCAAAUUUCUGUGGAAACUGUUCAUAAAACUGCC